AUGUAUCUUCUUUCUCUGGGUAUACUGGUCGCGCUUUUAGUCACUCUCACAGGAGCUACCUCGACAUUCUCUCCUGCUAGGCCACCCGCCUUGCCUUUGGCGGUUAAGUCUCCGUAUUUGAAUACCUGGCUGUCUGCGGGACGUGACGGUGGUAAUGGAGGGUACUUGGCCGGAGAAUGGCCAACCUUUUGGGAGGGUCAAAUAACUGGAUGGGCGGGCUUAAUUCGUGUUGAUGGCAGCGUUUACACGUGGAUGGGACUCCCCGGCUCAACCACUGUGAAUCAAACUGCCUAUGAAUACACGUCGACGAAGAGCAUCUUUACGAUGCAUAUCGAGGAUGCAGUCGAAAUGAAAAUUACAUUUCUAUCCCCUAUUACUCCUAAUGAUUUGCGACGUCAGUCGCUUGUAUUUUCGUACCUUGAUGUGAGUGUUUCAUCUCUGGAUGGGCAGUCUCACGAUGUGCAGGUGUACACGGACAUCUCAGCAGAAUGGAUAUCUGGGGACCGCUCUGCCAUCGCACAGUGGGAUUUUGGUGUAACCGGUGAUGGGGUUGCCUAUCACAAGGUUCAUCGCCAGACGGCGCUUCUUUUUUCUGAAAACAGGGACCAGGGAGAAUGGGGAGACUGGUAUUGGGCGACAGACAACGAAACUAGUCUCACAUAUCAGACGGGAGCAGACGUUGAUGUUCGGGGAACUUUCUCCAGCAGCGGAAAGUUAAAUAAUUCCAAUGACGCUAACUAUAGGGCUAUUUCUACAAACUGGCCGGUAUUCGGCUUUGCUCAUGACCUCGGGUCUGUUAAUUCGGCCUCGAGUGUCCUAUUCUCUAUAGGAUUGGCCCAGACUGACGCAAUUCAAUACACCGGUAACACCAGUAGCCUUGCUCCAGUACCUUCCCUAUGGACAAGCUAUUUUCAUACUGCUUUGGACGCUCUUGACUUCUUUCAUCAUGACUAUGAGGAGUCCAAUAGGCUUUGCUCAAAUCUAGAUGAUCAAGUUGCGCGAGACUCAAUUGCCGCCGCCGGACAGAAUUACUUAACCAUCACGUCGCUGAGUGCGCGGCAGGCAUUCGCUGCGACCCAGCUUUGUGGGACACCAGAGAACCCGUAUCUGUUUAUGAAGGAGAUAUCUUCCAACGGCAACAUGAAUACAGUCGACGUGAUCUUCCCCGCUCAUCCGGUCUUCUUGUAUACUAACCCAGAGCUCCUGAACCUCAUCAUGAAGCCACUUUUUGAAAUUCAAGCGUCAGGGCAUUACCCCAAUGCCUAUGCCAUGCACGAUAUUGGUGCUCAUUACCCUAAUGCGACGGGACAUCCUGAUGGCAACGAUGAGCCAAUGCCUCUGGAAGAGUGUGGAAAUAUGGUGAUUAUGGCUCUGGCUUAUGCACUGAAAUCCAAAGACACAGAUUAUCUUACCGAGCAUUACUCCUUGCUGAGACAAUGGACAAAUUACCUGGUGGAUGACGCUCUGUAUCCAGCCAACCAGAUUUCCACGGACGAUUUUGCUGGCCCUUUGGCAAACCAAACCAACCUGGCAUUGAAAGGGAUCAUUGGAAUCGAAGCCAUGUCGGUCAUUGGCAAUAUGACUACGAACACAGCGGAUGCAAACAAUCUAACCAACUACGCACACGAUUAUAUCACCAACUGGCAGACCUUGGGAAUCGCUCGUAACACAGACUACCCGCACGCAACCUUGUCGUACGGAUCUAAUGACUCUCACGGACUGCUUUACAACCUGUAUACGGAUCGAGAACUGGGCCUGAACUUAGUCCCACAGUCAGUGUACGAUAUGCAGAGCGCUUUCUACCCAACUAUCAAAGAGACGUUUGGUGUGCCGCUCGAUACCAGGCACCAAUACACUAAAGCGGAUUGGGAACUUUUUGCGGCUGCAAUCGCAUCGACCAGCACCAGGGACAUGUUCAUCAGUCUGCUGGCCGACUGGAUUAAUGAGACGCCUACCAACCGCGCUCUUACCGAUUUGUACGAUACGGUAUCUGGAGACUAUCCGCAAAUAACAUUUAUUGCUCGGCCGGUAAUGGGUGCCGCCUUCGCUUUGUUACUUUUGAAUGAGGGCAUGUGA